AUGGUAAUGUCAUCAGAAAUUGCAACGUCGAUAACGAGAAAAGAUAAACUUCUGCAGUUUUUUUCUGUUUUAUAUGAUGCUAGUUGCGCUAUAGAAGCGUUUUCUAUAACCGAAGGUGUUCUCUUUACUGAAGAUCAGAAAGAAAGUCCGACAGAAUUAGCAUUUAAAUACGCAGUGUACAAGAUCAAUAAAGACCGCGAUAUCUUGCCGAACACAACGCUCGUGUAUGAUAUACAGUAUGUACCUCGGGACGACAGCUUCCAUGCUUCCAAAAAAGCCUGCCUCCAAGUGAGUUCUGGGGUAAACGCCAUUUUUGGUCCUCAAGACCCUCUCCUUGGCAGUCACGUUCAGUCCCUUUGCGACGCCUUGGACAUCCCUCAUAUCGAAUCUCGUGUGGAUAUGGAACCUGAGAUGAAAGAAUUCUCCAUAAAUCUGCACCCUAGCCCGAGGAUAGUGGGAUCAGCAAUCCGAGAUCUCAUCCAUUACCUCAACUGGACCAAAGUGGCCAUUAUAUAUGAAGACGAUAUGUCCUUAAUUAGCUUGCAAGAGUUAAUCCGACCUCCUGUUCCCAGAGAUCUCCAAGUCAUCUUCCGCAAAACUAGUCUAGAUACAUUCAGAGACACCUUGAAGGAUAUACGAAGCAGAGGUAUAUUUAGCCUCGUGGUGGACACCAAACCACAAAAUCUGCCUCAUCUUUUACAAGCGAUCCUUCAAGUUCAAAUGAACGAUUAUAAGUAUUAUUACCAUUUCACAACUUUUGAUUUAGAAACUUACAAUUUAGAGGAUUUCAAGUACAAUUUUGUAAAUAUGACGUCCUUCCGAAUGACAGACAAUGACCAACGGAUUGUGAGACAAGCCUUAAAAGAAAUGGAAAAGUUUCAACCCGUUGGGCAGCAUAUUUUAAAUAGAACAAAUAUAAUAAAAGUCCAGCCUGCUCUGAUGUUCGAUUCGGUCUACGCUUUAGCACAAGGUCUUCAUUCUUUGCAACAAGGAACUGACUUGAGGCCAGCUAAUGUAUCUUGCGAAGAAGAAGUACCUUGGACAGAUGGAAGUAGUCUUUUCAAUUAUAUAAAUUCGGUAGAAUAUCUAGGAUUAACGGGAAAAAUACAAUUUAAAGAAGGUAGAAGAAGCAGCGUGAAGUUUGAUCUCUUAAAAUUACGAGAAACUAACUUAGAAAAGGUUGGAGAAUGGUCCACAGCGAGACGAUUGAACAUCACAAAUCAUAAUGUUUUUCAUGAAUUUGGAACAACAAAUAUCACUCUCAAAGUGACGACAAUUGAGUCCACGCCUUAUGUAAUGGUAAAAGCCGACAGGAAUUUGACAGGAAAUGAGAGAUUCGAAGGUUUUUGCAUCGAUCUUUUAAAGACAAUUGCUGACCUCAUAGGAUUUAGUUACGAACUUUACAUAGUGCCUGACAAAAAAUUUGGAGCUGAAAAUACCACAACAGGAGAGUGGAAUGGUUUGGUGAGAGAAAUAAUAGAUAAGAAUGCGGAUCUGGCUAUGGCUCCAAUGACAAUAAAUUAUGCACGAGAGAGUGUUAUAGAUUUUACGAAGCCUUAUAUGAAUCUCGGAAUUGGUAUUCUCUUCAAACUCCCAAAGAGUAUGCCAUCGCGCCUUUUCUCCUUCAUGAGUCCCUUGGCCGUAGACAUUUGGCUUUACGUGCUGGCUGCGUAUGCCCUUGUCAGCUGUUGUAUGUUCAUUGUGGCCAGAUUCAGUCCCUAUGAAUGGCAAAAUCCCCAUCCCUGCGUCAGCGAUUGCGAUAUUAUGGAGAAUCAGUUCAGCUUGGCGAACAGUUUUUGGUUCACCAUCGUUACCCUGAUGCACCAGGGCUGCGAUCUGAAUCCCAAGGCGACUUCCACGAGGAUCAUCGGCGCCAUGUGGUGGUUCUUCACACUCAUUAUGAUUUCCUCCUACACUGCCAACCUUGCUGCUUUUCUGACUGUAGAAAGAAUGAUAACGCCUAUAGAGAGCGUCGAGGACUUAGCAGAACAAAAUAAAAUAGCAUAUGGUACACUGGAAGGUGGAUCGACCAUGACUUUCUUCAGGGAUUCUAAAAUUGAAACAUACCAGAAGAUGUGGAGAUUCAUGGAAAAUCGACCUUCCGUUUUCGUCAGCUCGUAUGAGGAAGGCGUCAAGAGGGUUCUUGAAGGCAACUAUGCGUUUCUCAUGGAGUCCACAAUUUUAGAUUAUAGUGUACAAAGAGACUGCAACCUUACUCAGGUUGGAGGACUAUUAGAUUCCAAAGGUUAUGGAAUAGCAACUCCUAUGGGUUCUCCAUGGCGAGACAAAAUCUCCCUAGCCAUCCUAGAUCUCCAAGAAAAGGGCGUCAUCCAGAUGCUCUACAAUAAGUGGUGGAAAAGCUCCGGCGUUUCAUGCGCCAGAGAGGACAAGAACAAAGAAGGCAAAGCCAACUCUUUAGGGGUGGGCAACAUUGGUGGUGUUUUUGUUGUACUUUUGUGCGGAUUAGCUGUUGCCUUUGUUGCGGCCGUCAUUGAGUUUUUCUGGAAUUCCAGGAAGCACGCACAAACGGAAAGGCAGUCUCUGUGCUCGGAAAUGGCCGAGGAGCUACGCUUUGCUGUGAAGUGCCGAGCUUCUCGUCAGCGUCCGGCACUGCGACGCCAGUGUUCCAAGUGCAUCCCGGGAACGACAUACGUGCCUGCGGCGCUUGAGGUGCCCCAGGAGAACGGGAUCAUGCAGAUGAUUGAGAUGAGGAAAUCACCCCUCACAUACGAGAGUGCCGGCGACUCCUAGUUCCACAAGUGCCAACAUCGCCACUCUACUUCCUUCCAGCACUCUCACAAUCCGUGAGGUUUUCCUGUUCCCGAGAUUUGUCUCUCCAUAGGGAUACGGCAUUUUCUGGAGACGUGAUACAACUCUUCAAUGCCAUCCGCAUGUUACGACUGUUACAUUCAGCUCACUUUUAUUAGUAUGUAUCGAAGUCAUAAAAGUUGCAAUGCGUAAGGAGAGACGACGAAAUAUAUUCUUUUAAAAAUAGAGGUAUAUUCAAAUUCGAGCACCUCUAAAAUAUACUCCAUGUUAUUGUUUAAUUUAUUUCCAUCAUUUAUCAUAAAAUUAAGUAUUUAAUUUUAUCAUAAAGUAUUAAAUCUUUUAAAAAAUUG